AUGAAUUUUGAGACCACCGAGGGCGUCAAGGUGCACACGACCUUCGAGACGAUGGGCCUGCGGGAGGAGCUGAUGCGCGGCAUCUACGCCUACGGCUUCGAGAAGCCCUCCGCCAUACAGCAGCGCGCAAUAGUGCCGAUCAUAUCGGGGCGGGACGUGAUCGCCCAGGCGCAGUCGGGGACCGGGAAGACGUCCCUCAUAGCCCUCACGCUGUGUCAGCAGCUGGACACGUCCCUGCGAGAGAUCCAGUCCCUCAUUCUGUCUCCAACCAGGGAGCUGGCAGGGCAAACUGAGAAGAUCAUUUUGGCGCUUGGAGACUUUAUGAAUGUGCAGGCACACGCCUGUGUUGGAGGAAAGAGCCUAGGUGAGGACAUCCGCAAGUUAGAACAUGGUGUGCACGUAGUGUCUGGCACACCAGGCCGAGUCUUUGACAUGAUCAAGAGGAGGUCGCUGCGAACGAGACACAUCAAGGCGAUGGUGCUCGAUGAAGCUGAUGAGAUGCUGAGCAAAGGCUUCAAGGAGCAGAUAUAUGAUGUGUACCGCUACCUGCCAGAGACUCAAGUAGUGUUGGUAUCUGCGACUCUGCCACACGAAGUGCUGGAAAUGUCUCAGAAGUUCAUGACAGACCCUGUCAGGGUGCUGGUGAAGCGUGAUGAACUCACUCUAGAGGGAAUCAAGCAGUUCUUCGUCGCUGUUGAGCGGGAGGAGUGGAAAUUCGACACCCUUUGUGACCUCUACGACACACUGACGAUCACGCAGGCGGUGAUCUUCUGCAACACGAAACGGAAGGUUGACUGGCUGACCGAGAAGAUGCGGCAGAACAAUUUCACAGUGUCAUCAAUGCAUGGUGACAUGCCCCAGAAGGAGCGAGAUGCGAUAAUGGCGGAGUUCAGGAGUGGGAGAUCACGUGUGUUGAUUUCAACCGAUGUGUGGGCGAGAGGACUGGACGUGCAACAGGUGUCCCUUGUCAUCAACUAUGACCUGCCAAACAGCAGAGAGUUGUACAUCCACAGGAUUGGCCGGUCUGGAAGAUAUGGGCGCAAGGGCGUAGCCAUCAACUUCGUGAGGAACGACGACAUCCGCAUUCUCCGUGAUAUCGAGCAGUACUACAGUACACAAAUCGAUGAAAUGGUGAGGAGGCGCACUUGUGCAGUGGCCUGUUUUGCUUCAUUGUAA